AUGGAAGAGGAUAAAUUAAUUCUAAGCUACCACGAUGUGGUCAUUCGACAGACUGAUUUGAAAACAUUGGAACCUGGACAAUGGCUAAAUGAUACUAUGAUUUCGUUUCAUAUGGAAUUUCUCGAGAGAACGUUUGUUCCCAAGGAAGCCAAUUACUUAUUUUUACGGCCAGGUAUGGUACAAUUGAUCACAUUUAUUGAAGGUGAUGUCACUCAGCUUGAAGCUGUAUUACCUCCCAGCAUGGAAAAAUACGAAGCUGUGUUUAUGCCUGUCAACGAUGGACAACCUUCGGCUGCUUAUAGUGGAACUCAUUGGUCACUGAUGGUCUUUAUUCGUACCACAAAUUCAUUCUACUAUUAUGACACAUUAAGAUUUAAUAAUUUACGCGAUGCAGAGUUGACUUGUAAACGCAUUCAACCACUGUUGAAACUCGAUAAACCUGCACAAUUUAUACCUUCUAGUGCUCCACAGCAAGAUAAUGGAUCAGAUUGUGGAUUGUAUGUAAUUGCCAUGAUUGAUUACAUUUUAGAACGAUUACUGAAAAGUCGAGGAAAAGAAGAUAUAGCUUAUAACAAAAUAAUGAUCAUAAAGCCUAAAUACCUUUCCACACCAAAACAAAUCCGUGAUAAUAUCAAUGGUAUGAUCAAACGACUUCAACAGCGUCAGUUAAACAAGAGUCAUAAAUAA